CGGGAUUUGAGUUUGCUACCCUAGGUAUGAGGCUUGGCACCCUAUCAUUUUUUUAAAAAUCUCGUAUUCGAUACGAAACUUAAAGUUUCAUAUCAAAUGAAUUUGAAAAUGCCUCUAUACAUAAUUUUAUGUCUGGUAUUGAAUACAGAACUUUAAAUGUCUAUGGGGUAGCAAGCCUCGUACAUGUGCAAACUCAAAUCCCAAGCAGUUCUUGUAUUCACAAUUGUCACAUAAAAGAAUGGUUUUUGGGAGUGAGGUCACUGCCUCAACAUGCUUUCUGGGAGCUUCCGAUCACCGCUGUCUGCAAAUCAAAUUUCCAUUCCCGUCUUCAUUUCUAGGUGCUUUUGUUCUCACCACACAGAAACCAAUGAUGGGGUUGAAGAACUCAUCCAAAAUGAAAAACCCAGAUCAAGAAACACAAGCAAAACAGCUAAAACCAUGGUAAAUCUCAUAAAUUUCAAACCUUGGUCAAAUGGGUUGCUCUCUUCAUUCACCACUUCUCUCUCCAAAACCACUGUGCUUCAAACUCUUCGCCAUAUCAAGGUCCCAACAAAGGCCUUGCAGUUUUUCAAGUGGGCACAGGAGAUGGGUUUCUCUCACAAUGCUCAGUCCUACUUCAUCAUGUUACAAAUUCUGGGUCGUGAGAGGAAUCUCAAUGUGGCUAGGAAUUUCUUGUUUUCCAUUGAGAAAAGGUCCAAUGGGGAAGUUAAGCUUGAGGACAGGUUUUUCAAUAGCUUAAUUCGGAGUUAUGGUGAAGCUGGGCUUUUCAAUGAGUCUAUGAAGCUUUUUCAGACAAUGAAAACCAUUGGUGUUUCACCAUCUGUGGUUACAUUCAAUAGUAUUUUGUCUAUAUUGCUUAGAAGGGGUAGGACAAAUUUGGCGAAGCAGGUGUAUGACGAAAUGCUCAGCACGUACGGUGUUUCUCCAGACACAUGUACAUAUAAUAUUUUGAUCAGAGGGUUUUGCAAGAAUUCCAUGGUGGAUGAAGGGUUUCAUUUCUUCAAAGAAAUGAUGAGCUUUAAUUGCGAACCGGAUGUCAUUACGUAUAAUACACUUGUUGAUGGUUUGUGUAGGGCGGGGAAUGUCAGAACUGCACAUAAUUUAGUGAAUGGUAUGAGCAAGAAAUGUGAGGAUUUGACUCCCAACAUUGUUACUUAUACAACUUUGAUUCGAGGGUAUUGUAUGAAACAGGAAUUAGAUGUGGCCUUGGUUAUUCUUGAAGAGAUGACUCGUGGGGGCCUCAAGCCAAAUAUUGUUACCUAUAAUACUCUAAUAAAAGGGCUUUGUGAGGCGCGCAAGUUGGACAAGAUAAAAGAAAUUUUGGAACAAAUGAAAGGUGAUGGAGGAUUUAGUCCAGAUACUUGUACCUUCAAUACACUGAUUCAUUCACAUUGUAGUGCAGGAAACCUGGACGAAGCAUUGAAGGUGUUUGAAAACAUGAAAAAUUUUCAGGUCACAGCUGAUUCAGCCUCAUACAGUAUUCUAAUACGGAAUUUAUGUCAGAGAGGGGACUAUGAUAAGGCAGAGAAGCUUUUUGAUGAGUUGUUUGAGAAGGAAAUCGUGUUGUGUAAGUUUGGCUCUCAGCCGCUUGCUGCCUCAUACAAACCUAUUUUUCAGUAUUUGUGUGAACAUGGGAAAACUAGGAAAGCCGAGAGGGUACUCAGACAGAUAAUGAAAAGAGGCACACAAGAUCCGCUAUCCUACAUGACAGUGAUUAUGGGGCACUGUAGAGAAGGUGCAUAUGAAAAUGGAUAUGAGCUUUUGAUAUGGAUGCUAAGAAGAGAUUUUCUUCCUGAUGUUGAGAUAUAUGAUUGUUUGAUUGAUGGUUUUCUUCAGAAGGAUAAGCCUCUUCUUGCAAUGGAGACACUUGAGAAAAUGCUAAAGAGCUCCUAUCUACCAAAAACAUCUACCUGGCAUUCUAUACUGGCGAGACUUUUGGAAAAGGGUUUUCCUCACGAGUCUGCCCGGGUUACUGUCAUGAUGCUGGACAGAAAUAUUAGACAAAAUAUAAACCUGUCAACUAAGAGUAUAGAGCUACUUUUUGGCCAUGGACAUCGAGAUAAAGCAUUUGAGAUUGUCGAGUUGCUUUAUAAGAAAGGAUUCUGUGUCAAGAUAGAAGAAGUGGUUCAAUUUCUUUGCAAGAGAGGAAAGCUACCGGAAGCCCGCAAACUGUUGCUUUUUAGUUUGAAAAAUCAUCACAAUGUUGAUAUUGACUUGUGUAAUGCAGUUAUUCUGGGCCUUUGUGAAAUUAACAGGGUUUUAGAAGCUUUUGGUUUAUGCUAUGAAUUGGUGGAGAAAGGUUUACAUCAGGAAUUGACAUGCCUAAAUGAUUUGGUUACUGCCCUAGAGGCAAGGGGAAAAGUAGAGGAAGCUGCAUUUAUAUCAAAGAGAAUACCAGGACUAGAGAACUUGGACAGAUCUGUGCUAAGCUAUAGCUCUAAAAAAUCGAGGCCUAAUAAAGCGUGUGAUUCCAAUGGUAGCUCCAUGCAGCGCGCCGCCCGUGCCAAGCGUGCUCCUACACCAGGAAAGGCAACAAUUCUUGCAAUAGGAAAGGCCUUCCCCGCCCAAGUCAUACCUCAAGAAUGCUUGGUUGAGGGUUACAUCCGUGACACAAAGUGUGAAGAUUCUUAUGUUAAGGAGAAAUUGGAGCGCCUUUGCAAAAACACCACUGUGAAGACAAGAUACACAGUGAUGUCAAAGGAGAUACUUGACAAUUACCCUGAGCUAGCCACAGAAGGAACACCAACCAUAAGGCAAAAGCUCGAAAUAGCAAACCCGGCAGUAGUAGAAAUGGCCGCUAAAGCCAGCCUCGCCUGCAUCAACGAAUGGGGAAGAUCCACCGACCUCAUCACCCACAUUGUCUACGUCUCCUCCAGCGAAAUCCGCCUCCCUGGCGGCGACCUCUACCUCGCCAACGAGCUCGGCCUCCGGAGCGACGUCAGCCGCGUCAUGCUCUACUUCCUUGGCUGCUACGGCGGCGUUACCGGCCUAAGAGUCGCCAAAGACAUCGCAGAGAACAACCCCGGCAGCCGCGUCCUCCUCACCACCUCGGAAACCACCAUCCUCGGUUUCCGUCCCCCGAACAAGGCCAGACCCUACGACCUUGUCGGCGCCGCUCUUUUCGGUGAUGGCGCCGCCGCUGCCAUCAUCGGAGCAAACCCAGUUUCCGGCGAGGAAUCUCCCUUCCUGGAACUCAACUACGCCAUCCAGAAAUUCUUGCCGGGAACGCAGGAAGUGAUUGACGGGAGACUCUCCGAGGAGGGUAUCAACUUCAAGCUUGGGAGGGACUUACCUCAGAAAAUUGAGGAUAACAUUGAAGGCUUCUGCAGGAAGUUAAUGGCGAAGUCCAAUGUGGAGGAUUUCAAUGACUUGUUCUGGGCUGUUCAUCCGGGCGGUCCCGCGAUUCUGAACCGGCUCGAGACGAAGCUGAAGUUGAGUGAGGAGAAGCUUGAGUGCAGCAGGAAGGCGCUCAUCAACUAUGGGAAUGUUAGCAGUAAUACUAUAUUUUAUGUGAUGGAGUAUAUGAGGGAGUUUCUGAAGGAAGAUGGUGGUGAAGAAUGGGGUUUGGGACUGGCUUUUGGACCUGGGAUUACCUUUGAAGGCAUUCUCCUGCGCAGCCUGUGAUCUUGUUGUUGCUGCAUCUGAAUUUAGCUGCUUCACAUUGUGUGAUGAUGAUGGUGGUGUUCUUAGUUUGUCUGCUGUUUUAAAUCUUUCAUAACAAUAAAGUGUGAUGUUGUAGCAAGUUACUUUAUGAUUAUCAAAGAUGGGCAAUUUGUUAUCCUAUUUUAAGUAAUAUCAAAAAAAUUCAUGA